CAAUUAUGCAACGGCAUUUUGAAUAUCAAGUUGAGCAUCCACCCAAGUCUCACUUUUAUAAUUGAGUUUUCUCUACAAUGGCCACCACUGAUCUUGCAUUUCGCGGAAGUCCACCACCUGACGAUCUCGACGAUAUCCUGGGAAAUUUAGAUGAUGAGAACGUAAACGCAACAAACGGGAAUACGGCGAAUGGGCCUCAAAAGCCGCCGCCCAAAGACGAUGCCCUAGGUCUUGAUCAAGAGAUUACAGUUGUGAAACAGAGAAGGCCAAUACCUAAACUGGAUGAGACCCUGCUCCUCUCUGAUGCUGGAAUAUCCAAAUUGAGAAGAAUAUCCAAGGAUCGCUUGAGAUUAAAAGGCAAAGGUCAUGAGUACGGAGAUAUUGCGCGAAUGCUUAACAUGUACCAGCUAUGGCUCGACGACCUCUACCCUCGUGCGAAAUUUGCGGAUGGCCUGGUGAUGAUCGAAAAGCUGGGACAUUCGAAACGGACUCAGUAUAUGCGAAAGGAAUGGAUAAACGAGGGGAAACCCGGCUACAAUGCAGCGUCUGAUGCUGAAGAAACAGUCGAGCAAUCGGUCGACAACACUGUGGAACAGAACAAUCAGCAGUCUGCCAACGCGGAGACCGCCCCGAAUGCCGAGGCAAUGGAAGGCGUGUUACAUGGAGAUGCUGCUCAGAAUCUACGCACUUCGAGUAAUUUGGAUGAGAGGCCUAGCCACAAUAUGCCGCAACCCACCGAAAAUCUCGGUGAUUAUCCUGAUGACGACGACGACUUGGACGCAUUGCUAGCAGAGAGUGAGAUGACACACAAUCCCAUACCAAAACGAACCGUGUCUGCUGGCCCUCCUCCAGAGGAUGAUCCGUUUGCAGAUGACAUGGAAGCCAUGGCGGAGCUGGAGGGGAUGUGGUAGACUGAAGAUCGAUCCGGUAGAUGCAUAUAUGCCGUUAGGAAGGUUUCAUGGCACAAUUGCUGGCGUCGGACCACGGAGACCAGUUGAUACGUAACGUGUGGCUUUUGGUCGUCCUCAUUCACUUGGUAGUUCAAUUUUGCAUAGCGAGGCGUUCUUCUGGGAGGAAACUCAUGGUUACGAUUGUACAUGAAUUAUUGGGCUUUAGAAGCCAUUUUCAAUGUGUGAUACAUUAUAUGU